AUGGUGCACAAGCGAUCCUUCAGCGCUCUGUUUUCUCCUGCAGAUUUGCAGCGGAUGACGGCAGGUUUCAUCGGUAUGGCUGUGGCCAUCAUUCUGUUUGGCUGGAUCGUUGGUGUGCUGGGCUGCUGGAAACACAAUGAGCUGAUGCAGUAUGUCGCUGGACUGCUCUUCCUGAUGGGAGGCACCUGCUGCAUCAUUUCCUUGUGCACAUGUGUGGCUGGCAUUAACUUCGAGCUCUCGCGGCACCCGCGCUACCUGUACGGCCUGCCGGAGGACAUCAGUCACGGGUACGGCUGGUCCAUGUUCAGUGCGUGGGGCGGUCUGGGUCUGACGCUGCUGGCUGGGUUUCUGUGCACUCUGGCGCCCUCUCUGCACAGUCCCCAGAUCAGCAGCGGCACACACAAACCGCGACAGGAGAACGGCAUGGUGUGACGCUCACACACUCCACACACCAUACGCAAAGAUCCGCUAACACAGACAGGUCAAGCUGAUAUAGACAAGUGUCUUUACAUGUCACAGAGAAAUGGCAAAUAAACAGUCACACACACUGCAGACACUGUGCAGAUACACUGCUAUAAUAAGAUGGUGAAAGUAAAUCAUGAUCCAGAGUGCAGCUGAGCUAAACAUACUGGAGCGGAAGGAAAACAUGCACUGCAAAACAUUGUCAAUCAGUAUGACUGUCUUAUUUUCCAGAAAAAAAAAGAUCUAUACCUUAUAUCCCUUGCGAAAAAGAAGUGCACUGAAUUGUAUUGAAU